CCCCCGGCCCGGCGCGCAGGGGGGUUAAACCCCUUCGAGCCCGAGCUCCUCUCCGCGUUCUUCCCUCCUCCGCCCUGUGCCGGGAGCCUGUGCGGGGUUUUGCUUGUCACGGAGUGGGGGAAGAUCCGUCUGACUCGUCAGUCAGAAAAGAGAGUCAAAGAAGUUCAGUAAUACCGCUGCGCCCGGAGGAGCCGGCGGGUUCCCGCCCGGUGUCAGCGCUGGGACGGACAGACUGACGGACUGACAGACAGACUGACGGCAGCCAACAAGCCAUGAAGUUCUGGCUCCGUAGUUGUCUCGCAUCCCGUGGCGUUGCGGUGCGGGGGCGAGCGUGGGGAAGCAGCACAGUGAUGUGCAGCACUGGAGAUCAACACCGACUUCAAUAAACCAUGUAAUGGAGGCAGUUCUGGAUCUCUGAAAGGGCUCAGAGUAUCUGCAAUAGUGAACGUCAUCUGGUGGUGGAUGUGGACUUUAAAACAGCGUGUCUCAACAUCUCAUCCUCAACUAUCUAUUUUAAAUCUGAUUGCACUACAAAGGAAAAGCUGCUAACAGGAUAAAUGUUGAGACUUUACAAGAACUGACUUAAAGUACCGAAAGCCAUUAUUACUAUUAUUAUCAAUCAAGAAGAGCUUGAAGCUGAGUCUGUAUCUAACCAGUUGGUCUCAUUUUCACAGUAACAGUCAUGGCAAGUAAACGAAAAUCAACAACACCGUGCAUGGUCUUAGCCAAUGAGCAGGACCCGGAUCUGGAAAUGGUAUCGGACCUGGAGGAAGGACAACCUGUGCUCACGCCAGCAGAAAACCCUACAGCAGAGAGUGUAACAAGUGAUGAGGAUGUUCAUGAGUAUGUGGAUUCAGACAAUCAGAAAAAUACAAAUAAAGUAGAAGGUGGUUAUGAGUGUAAAUACUGUACUUUUCAGACUCCAGAUCUCAAUAUGUUUACUUUUCAUGUGGAUUCAGAACAUCCCAACGUAGUGUUAAAUUCAUCCUAUGUUUGUUUAGAAUGUAAUUUCCUUACCAAAAGAUAUGAUGCCCUCUCAGAACAUAAUGUGAAGCACCACCCUGGAGAGGAGAAUUUUAAAUUGACCAUGGUAAAACGUAAUAAUCAGACAAUCUUUGAACAAACAGUAAAUGAUCUCACUUUUGAUGGAAGUUUUGUUAGAGAAGAAAAUGCUGGACAGGCCGACUCUUCUGAGGUCCCGUCAUCAGGGAUCUCAAUUAGCAAAACUCCUAUCAUGAAAAUGAUGAAAAACAAAACCGAGACUAAACGUAUCGCUGUUUUCCACAAUGUAGUUGAUGACAUUCCUGGUGAAGAAAAGGGAAGUGAAAAUGAGCCAAACUCUGAAGAAGUAGUAGAAAACCCCCCACCGGCAGUUUCUGAGUCAAAACCAAGCCAUUCAGUUGUUUGCAGUGCAGCAGAUGUGGCCGGUGCAGUGGUGACCCCGGCACCAGUGCUUCAGCCUGGGGUGGCACAGGUUAUCACAGCUGUUACAGCUCCACAGAACUCAAACCUGAUUCCGAAAGUCCUAAUACCUGUAAAUAGCAUUCCAGCCUAUAAUACUGCUUUGGAUAACAAUCCUCUUUUGCUUAACACCUACAACAAAUUCCCAUAUCCAACCAUGUCGGAAAUCACUGUUCUUUCCACUCAAGCCAAGUACACAGAGGAACAGAUUAAAAUAUGGUUUUCUGCCCAGCGUCUGAAGCACGGUGUGAGCUGGACGCCAGAGGAAGUGGAGGAAGCAAGGAGGAAACAAUUUAAUGGCACAGUACAUACUGUGCCACAGACAAUUACCGUUAUUCCAGCACACAUUUCUGCAGCUAGCAAUGGUUUACCUUCCAUUUUACAGACAUGCCAAAUAGUUGGUCAGCCAGGACUUGUUCUCACUCAAGUUGCAGGUGCAAAUACGUUACCAGUAACAGCCCCAAUAGCUUUGACUGUAGCGGGAGUCCCAAACCAAACACAGCUACAGAAGAGUCAGAUUCACAGUGCUCAGCCUAUUGCAGAAACCAAACAAGUAGCUGCUGUUCCAGCCCCUCAGCCCAUCAAAAAUGAAUCCACAGUGAUGAAUCCUGACUCCUUUGGCAUCCGAGCAAAAAAAACUAAGGAACAACUGGCAGAAUUGAAAGUCAGCUACCUUAAAAAUCAGUUUCCUCAAGACUCAGAGAUUGUUAGACUUAUGAAAAUAACAGGCUUGACUAAAGGAGAGAUCAAAAAGUGGUUCAGUGAUACACGCUACAAUCAGAGAAACUCAAAGAAUAAUCAUGGGAUUCACCUCAACAGCGAUUCAUGUGCCACCAUUGUUAUUGAUUCAAGCGAUGAAAUGAAUGAGUCCCCAACAGGAGUCACUCCACAGAGCAAGUCAUCGUGGAGUGCUUUUCCUGAUUUCACCCCACAGAAAUUCAAAGAGAAGACUGCUGAACAACUGCAAGUCCUCCAAGCAAGUUUUCUGAAUAACCCUGUCCUCACUGAUGAAGAGAUGAAUAGGUUAAGAGCCCAAACCAAACUGACUAGGAGAGAGAUUGAUGCCUGGUUUACAGAAAAGAGGAAAUCAAAUGUCUUGAAGGAAGAGGGAGCUGACUUGAAUGAAAGCAAUGCUGGCAGCUCAAAAGAAGAGGCUGGAGAAACAUCUGUGGGAGAUGGAGCAGCAGGAACAAAAUCAGGGUGUUCCACUUCGAGCAAAGUAGGCAAAAAAUCACCAGAGCAGUUGCACAUGCUCAAAAGUUCCUUUGUCCGUACUCAGUGGCCAUCUCCACAAGAAUACAACAAGCUGGCAGAAGAAACUGGGCUUCCAAGAUCGGAAAUUGUGAGUUGGUUUGGAGAUACUCGCUAUGCCUGGAAAAAUGGUGGAUUGAAAUGGUAUUACUAUUACCAGAGCGCCAGUGCAAACAGUCUGAACGGCCAAGGUUUUUCCAGGAGGAGAGGGAGAGGAAGACCAAAAGGGAGGGGGAGAGGGAGGCCUCGGGGGAGGCCUCGGGGAAGCAAGAGGUUAAAUUGCUGGGACAGAGGUGUGUCUGUCAUAAAAUUUAAAACUGGAACAGCAAUCCUGAAGGACUACUAUAUGAAGCACAAAUUCCUUAAUGAGCAAGACCUCGAUGAACUGGUAGCCAAAUCUCACAUGGGAUAUGAGCAGGUCAGAGAGUGGUUUGCAGAGAGGCAAAGAAGAUUAGAUCUUGGAAUAGAGCUGUUUGAUGAGAACGAGGAGGAAGACGAAAUGCUGGACGAUCAGGAAGACGAGGAAGAAACGGACGAUAGUGAUACUUGGGAACCCCCCAGACAUGUUAAACGUAAACUUUCAAAAACAGACUGAUGUACAAUUUGGGAUUUGGGGGCCAAAAACCUAUGAAUUAGGUUUGAUGUUACAGUGAAGAGCCAAAUGAUUUUUCAUGGCCUUCAGUUUAGCAAGCAGCUGCUUAGCAUCUUUCUUCCACCUACAAGAACAUGGGCAAGAUGCUACCUGUGGAGGCAACAACUGCUUGCUUCGUUGCUACAAGAGAUGAACAUCCUCAGGCCCAGCCUAGGACAGGGGGUUAUAAAUCAGAUCAAGUUCAGCUCCUUUUCCACAUCACUGAUGGGAAGGUUCAUGUUCAUCAUACAUGUGACUGCUUCUCAGUAUUUAAUUGCCUUAUGUUGUUUGAUUCCAAAAAAACACAGACACCUUUUUUUGUUGAUGUAGGAGAACAUUUUGCCUGCUCAUGAAGGAGGAAAACACAAAAACCUUAGAUGUCUUUUUGGAAACAUCACUUCAUCUUAAAGGUUUCAAGGCCUGGGUUUAUUUCUUAAGGAAAGAGUUCGAAACGAGAAGGGGAAAAGUGUGACAAAAGGAAUCAAUGAACCUAGGGGUGAGGAUUGAUUGCUUUAAGAAAAUAAGGUGACAUCAGCACCUUUUGCUUAUCUUCAGAGUGUUUGGGGUUUACAGAACUUGGACUGAAAUGUUCCUUAUUGAUAAUUAGGAGCUAACUGAAUGAGUCUGAUUGAUGCUAGAAGAUGCUUUUUGUUACAGUUAAUCAGUGUAUCCUACAUCAGUUUAAUUUAAAUGCCUGACAGACUUGAUGCAGUUGAUAGUAACACUCAUUUUUAGCUUGUGCAUUCUUUCCUUCAUUGGAAAUGGUAAGAGAAGUAUGUAUAUUUCUAGCUAAAAAGAAUAAUUUCUUGAAAUCUUACACUGAGUUUUAAGGUAAACAUGAGCUGGAAACUGCCUAGAAGUCAUUCACAGUUGCUUAGGGGUUUGUAAAAGUACACAGAUACAGAGAUGAAAGGCAUCUUUUGGUGUUAGUAAGAAAGGUUUUCAAGUAAGUUGUGGCAAUGACAUGGUGUUUAAUUCUCAAACAAAAUGAAGUUAUAUGGCUGUUAGAUGCUUAGGAAUUAUAAACACACUAGUGUUGAAUUGUUCUUCAGCGAUAGCCGAGUUGAGUGAUUUGUGUGCGGGUUUAACUGUACUUUAUCCUAAUUGUUGAACUCUCCACUGUGCUCAUUGCUCUUAGCACUGCUGGGUGAACGCACUUAUUUUUAGAGGUGGUUUGAGCUACCUGAACUAGACUCCAGUAGUAGUUUAAUCUGAUACAAAACAUCUACAUCUUGAAUAAGUGUAUUUAAAAUAGAAAAAAAAAACAUUUGGUCUCAAGACAGUUGCAUCAUAGUACGUUUGAAUUAUCAACUUAAAAGCAGUGGGCCAAAUUCACACAAGUUAGUUUAGGCAGAUGUUUGGCAUCCUAGAGAAGGGGUACUCUGAGGAAGAGUAGUUUGUGUUCUUGCUACUGCGAGCCUGCAGUUUUAGGGAUAAGUUACUUUAUAUUUAGAUGUCAAAAGAUGAUGAUGAAUUGGUGCUGCUGCCACCGGCAUUGUCUGCUUUUUACAUUGGCACUAAUGGAAAGGAUACUAGCAGUCUCCUUUUGCACAUCUGUCAGCAUCUUCUCUGUAGGCUUCUGCAUCUGGUGACUGAGAACAGAUUAGUGUAGAGAAAAUGUGUCCUAAUGUUUCCCCAUCUCCAAGAACCUAUUCUAGAAUUAUUCUUUCUCCCAUACUGUGAAAAGACCAAGAAAACCCUUUUAGUCAUGAUUUUCUGAAGCAGAGGAGUCCGUGUUACAUCUGGUUUUCAUACUUGAUUGUGAGUGAAGCCCAAGUCAAAGCAAGAAAGGGAAUGAUGUCUGACAAAAAAUAUUGUUAACCUCCCAGGCUCACCUUCCUCUCUGAACACUUGUAGCUGCCCUUCUUACAGAUUGAACAAGCUCUCUGAGCUGCAGGAGGAUGUUCUGUAUGAAGAUCAUUUGCUGGAGUGAGCUCUUCUGACUGCUUCAGAUUACUGGAGAGAAAAAGGCAAUAGCUUAUGGUGUCCGUCAUGAGUGUGAUGAUGAAAACUAUUCCCUGGCUUCCAAGACUCAAGUUGGUGAGGCACAAAGCAGUCAGUGAUGCUAAAGAGGACUAGCCAAGAAUCCCCUCCAUUGGGGUGGGGGAGGAGCAAACUCAUGCUGUCAUCAUAUUUCGUGGAGCGUUUAUGACUCUGGAUGGGAGGUGGUGCAAGAGAGAUCAGGAUCUGGCCUUUUCAGCAUUGACUGCUGCAUGUGGUUGGGAGGGAUUCUUGUUUGGCGGGUAGUGGUAUGGAUGAGGCUGUUGUUGAUGCCAGCAGAUAUAAGACUCACACUGGCUUAAAGUUCUACUGGGAAUACAGGGUCAAGAAUCUGUGCUUGCUGAGUAGGAAAGGAAAAAACUGGAAUUAAAAUAGAUGCUAUUUUUAAGUUUCCAAAAACAUUAAAACAAAUCCUUGGGAAUAUGCCUCUAGCAAGCAAAAUCUGCAGUUGCCUUAAUCCUUAAGGUUGACCCAGAAUUAAUUUUCUUUCAAAAAAACUCCACCAAACCCCCAAACAACAACCAAGCAAUGCGUCCAAAUAAAUAUCUCCAUUUUUGUUAGCAGGGACUGCAUUUAGGUUAGCUGGGAAUCUUACCUUCUUUAAAAAUGGGACAAAAUAGAGAUCCGAGUAAUUACAUGAUUAAACUGGGAUAUUUUCUAUUUUGGCACUGUUCUGUGAAAUAAUUGUCAGCUACAAUGGUAGGCCUUAGCACAUCUGGUCUCAAAAACACAGGAAGAGGAAAUACAUUGUUUAUCAGACUAAAUAUAGUUGGAUUGGAGGUCUUCUUUCAGUAAAGUGGUCAGAGGCGGUGGCUGAUGUACACUGGGCCAAAUUUUCAGUUGUUGUAAAUAUUAGAGUUCCGUGUAUUCCACUGGUUAUAGUAGUAUUUACAGCCCGGUGACAAAACUGUCUCUUUGCAGAACAUAAAAUUUAAAUUAAUCCAUGUGCUGUGGAUCAGCUAAUGAGAGAUGCAGAGUCCCCAUGUUUCCUUUGUGCUGCCUGCACAUUUUAAGCCUUUUAGUUGUGCUAAGGAUGAGGAGAAUCUGGGUGGGUUCAGCCUGAAAACAGAAGUCAUAUGCAUUCAUUAUUGCUGACAGUCUGACUGUUAUUUGUUUGAACAAGCAGAGUCCGUUAAUUACCAGUUUAUUUCGUGUUUACAGCAUGUCUGUAUUUUCACUGCAUGCUGGGAGAGAGGGAAACUCCUUCUGGAGGCCUCCCAGGUCAGACCUGACAGGAGAAGCAUUGGAAAGAGCUGUCAGCAUGCUGGUCAGUUGUAUCUUGAUUUGUGGUAGGAACUCAAGGCUACUGGUAGCAGUGGUUUAGCCGAGAUUCGUCUCAGCCAACCUCAGGCUGCUGUGCUCCUUACCUGGGGGCCCAGGGCACACUAUACAGUCACCUGAGAUAAACAGAAAUUGCCUGGUGGGUGGAAAGGAUAUGGCACCUUCUCAUUCUAUUAGUUACAUGCAGGAAACUUCCUGAACUUAGCACAUCAGCAAGUGACUUAAUUUAUUAUGAAUCUGAGCACUGCUGUGCUCAUAAGUAGUACACCCCUGCAAGCCCAGCUUCCUCUUGUAGCUUAUGCACACCUAUAAGGUGUUUUGGAAGCCACUUGGACUGAACUAUAUUGACAGUGGGAAGGGAGGAGGCAAGAAAAUACAUCUGUCCAGGGACGACUGCCCAUGUGGCUUUUGUUGAUUUUCUUGGCUGGUAAAGGACUGUGUCUAGAUGAACUGUGGUAUGUUUUCUGUAUUUCUGUGGAGCUUCACCUCUUAGGUUUGAGCUCAUUAUGAGCCAGGCUUCAGUGAUUGUCAUUGACAAUGAGAUGAAGAAACUCUGAUCUUGCUUAGAUCUUACGUCUGGGUGGCUGGUUUCUCAGUAUUUGUUGGGACCACUCUUUCAGAAUUCAGUUGUGAGCAUCAGUUCCUGUAGAGCUAAGCUAGUGCUUUCCUCUUCAUGUGCUGUUUCUGCCAGGAGUACCUGCUCUGAUGAUGCUACUUGUGCUGUCUCUGGAAUUGAGCUAAAGAGAGAAUACAGAUAAUCCUGAGCCAGAAUGGAGAGGGAAAAGAGCUAAAAGAAAGAAAGCAGUGUCACAACUGGGUGAGACAUCCCAGUACUGUCCUCCUUCCUGGCAUGUUUUGGGCUUGCUUCUGAGUGCAGUGAAAGAGCACGGUUCCAUCGUAAACAGCGCUGUCUUCCCAGUGUCAGCCUCUCAAUGACCCCAGAAUUAGUGUUGUAAAAAUAAAGUCAGACCUAUUCCUCCCUGAAGGUUUGAAUGAUCUAACAGUGCUGGCUUGUAAGAAGUGUUCUGACAGAAAGAGUAAAUUAUUUCAAUCACUAAUUUUUAGCACACAGAAUUAUCUGCUUUGCUUGAAAGUAAAGGAGAGGAAAAGGUAUCUAGUACCUAAUGAUUAGAAUUUAGUGUAUUAUCUCUAAUAUGCUAUAGUAAAUUAGGCCAUUCCCUUUUUUAACCUUUUCCAGAACAAUUUUGAAAGUGUUUUUUUCAUUACAUUAUAUGUAAUAUGGUGUCUGAGUAUAACUUUGAUUAUUGGGAAGGAAACUCAUGCAAUGUCCACACAUUACGUGAAAUAAUUUCCUGAUGCAUGAUUUGCUGACUUUGGACAAAAGCUGAUUUUUUUUUUUGUUCACCAACGAAGUCUGGAGGCAGGAAAAUGCACUCCCUUCUCCUCCACAGAGCCGAGAAAGCAUUUCUGGAUCCCAUACAAAGUGAUUCAUGGCCUUAUGCAGUCCCCGUAGGCCAGAAAGCCCAAAGAUGCAGACACUCUCCUCCUCCGUUUUCCUCUGAAAUGAGAGCACAGCAGUAACUGACAACUAGUCAGUCUCUGGCUGCUGAGUAACGAGGCUGUAUUUAAGGUGGGGAGCAUUUUCCCUUUUGCACUUAAUGGAGUACUGUGUAUUCAGGCUGGAUAUCAGUAUUUGCUUCUGUAAAUAUGAUAGUACCAAUUUGCAUCCUCCACCUGAGUCCCAUAUCUGUCUAUAUUCAUAUCUCCCAAGGAGAGAAGAUAAUCUUUAAGCUUCUGUAGUGUUAAAUAUCCCUGCCCUAACCUGAAGGCACUAAAAUAGAGUGCAAUGGACUACAGCUACUUUCUUUGAUUUAAUUUAUUUUUUUCUUUGAAAAUAUUUUUGCUUGCAUUCAGUAGUAAUGGAAAGAUAGUAUCAAUGACCGGAGAGCAGUAAAACUGUUGGGAGUUGCUUAUAAUGCCUGGAAUGACUGUGUAAGUUAGAGAUAGAAAGAGCUAGUAGAGGGCUCAGUUCCCUACACUGAACAGUGCUGGGUUACACCUGUAUUCUCCAUUAAGCUUGUGAUAUCCUAGGAUAAGUAGAUUUACCCAGCAGCAUGACACAAACUUACAGGUGAAGUUACUUGAGGUUUGGUGAUGUAUUCCAUAGGAAAAUAUUUUGAAAUGGAACUUGCCACAGAAAGUGAAAAAUCCCCUCAGUAGCUACUUACACACAAUAGAUCAAAUUUCUGCAUUGUUUCCCCACUUCUAAAAAGGGAGAUUUUGAAGCACAGGUGGGUUAUAGCCAGUAUUUGUAAGUUUAAUGGUUGGAGCUCUUGGGGGAGUUUUCUCUUUCUGUGAAGAACAUCUGCACUUUUUCAGUGGACAGUCAUUGCAAAACUGAGUCAUACUACAUUGUAAAACAUAGAGUGAUAACUGAGGAUCCCAUAGCACUUUUCUUGAAUUUAGGAGGGAUUCUGAUUGCAUGUUGAUGUUUGCAUUGGGGCAAAUACAGCCAAGGAAUGCAAACCUGCUCAUCCUGGUGCCUGGCAUCGGUCGAUGCCAAGCCUGCUCCCUGGCUCCCCUGACUUACACGUGGCUUGCGGGCAGCCACUGACACUACAGACACCUGUCAUGAGGUGAGAUGGAUCUUCUUUCUGGAUUGCAGCACUGAGCUUUGUGUUGUGGUUGGCAAUGGUACUUACCUCUGCUUCCAACCUGAUGCUUGUUGGGAAGUGAGGCCUUUUUUUUUUUCCUUUUUCUUUUUUUCUUUUUAUUCUAGAGCAGGUAGGCACUACAGUGAUGGGUAAUGUAACUGAUCCUUGGUUAUAAUACUGUGGCAUAAAAAUGCUUUGGGUUUUCUCAAGUAUUUUAGAGAUGAGGUUACCAUGUGAACAUUGGACUGUGCAUAACUUAGAAUGUGUUAGGACACAUAAUAUUUGUGUCCCAGUUGAUGAAAGUAUUUCCUUAUGCUUAUUCAAUACUAGAUACCUAUCAGGAAACUCUCCAUAAAGAGUCUGCUAGAACAACAGAAGAUUCAAGUCUUCAUCUAUGCUACAAAACAAUGAACCACAACAGCUCUGCUAUGAUUUUGGAAUGGUGCCCCCACCCUCCAAGUUUCAGCUUACAAAAGUAUUUCCAACCCUGCAUAGUUGGCUAUCUGCAUGUGUGCUUACAGUCUGUACAGAAAUGCACUAAAAUGAGUUGCCCUACCUGGGAAGGCUUUAUAUUGUAUAGAAAAUGUGGCACUAGGUACUGCUCUUCAUGUGCACAGGAGAGUUAACAGGUGUCAGUCUCGUUUACAGAAAUGAUGGCGCUUUGCAAUUUUCUAUAAUAUAUUGCAAUAUAUUUAAAUGUCCUGUUUGACAUGUGAAAUGAAAUUAAGUUAAUGCAUUGUUAUGUAUUUGAAGUAUGAGGAAGAUGAUUCACUAACGACCAGCAAGGUUUUUAGAAAGGUGUCCAGUAUGUAGCUGUCUGUGUGAUCUGUCUGGUGUAUGUGAUGUUAAAGGAAGCAACAAUACUGUCACUGUUUAGAAUGAAGAGUUUCUUUUGAGUGAUGCAAUAGCUUACAGUGUCUUUCCUUUGUAGCUGCCCAAUGUGGUGAAGGGGAAGCAAUUCUUGAAAAAUUUCAAGAUAACUGGUUAACUGUGAAUGGGCCUAAUCUUUCGUGAAACCAAGAAAAUUUUUGGACACACACAGGACUUGAAUACUCAAAAGGAUUGGAACUUAGUGUUGUGCCAAAGUUAAACUACUGCAAUUGGCAGUUCUGCACUGUAAAUAGAAGACUGAUUAAAAGACAGCUUGUAAAAAAAAAAAAUCAAAUUUUAAUACAGUACGUUUUUAUUCUGAUACAUGAUGGAAACAUUCUGUUUUAGACCUUUUUUGAAGAGGCUUCAGUGACCACUAGAUUUUGUCCUCUUAUAUUUUGUUUGGCCUAAUACUAUAUGUUCUAGUAAGAUGGGCUUUAUUGCCUGUGUUCUUUGAUAUGUGAUUAAGCUUAUAGCUUUGAGUGACCAAACAUUUUACAGAGUAAAAGUUCUUAGAAACAGUAUAAUGUAACUGAUAUUUCUGUGUCUUAUUUAUCAGGCUCUGCACAAACUUGGAAGGUUGUGCUGGACUUGUACAACUCAUAUAUGGGAACGCAGCAUACUUCUGGAUAUCAAAAACCUAAGCCUUUGUGGCCGAAUGGAUCUUGUCUUUGGAUUUAUUUUUGUUAUUUUUUUGAGGCAAAGAAACGAAUGGAUGCUGCUGUAAAAUAUUUGUAAUAUUGCCAUUAUUGCUUUCUGUAGCAAUUAUUGCUUUUGCUUCAACAGAUAAAGAAAAUAAAUCAGAGAUAGAAAAAUCCUAAAAGACGCUAGUAGAAGAAAGGAUCAUGUGAGAACUUCCGAAAAUAAACUUUGUACCAAAAAUUUGAAAACAGAAAUAAUGGAAUAAAUAUCUCCUUACUGAG